AGUUGAGCAAAUAUUGGUUAUAUGUCUUCUUUGUACGUGUUGGUCAAUGAUCAAAAGCGAAGAUCCUCGACGGAAGUCGGCAAUGGGCGAAUGAUCCUAGCAGUCGAGCCCAACAUUUUUUGUGAAACGCAUACUUGAAUUGAAUUGAAUUGAUUCUGUGGUGGAGCAUUGCACGCGGCGGUUUAACCUCUGUCCGCUCCCGACAGAAUCCCAUGUAUUCGUCCCAAAAAGUUUGAUAUCGGUUUCCACGGUGUGGAUUUAGUGUUUUGAGUGUUCAGUGUACGUCUUAAAGUGAUAAUCGUCGUCGGCCCCGUCGUUUUUCCCCGUUCACGCCGGUAUGGAGGCCGGAUGGGCCCGGAUGGUCCGCGGGGGAAGCCGAUUUUUUUGGUAUCGGUCAGAAUCAUUUUUUGCUAGUUGAGCAAAUUAUUGGUUAUUUUCCUUCUUUGUACUUGGUGGUCAUUGACCAGAAGCGAAAAUCCUCGACAGAAGUCGGCAAUGGGCGAAUGAUCCUAGCAGUCGAGCCCAACAUUUUUUUGUGAAACGCUUAAUUGGAUGGUUGGAUAGUCCUUCAGUAUUAGAUCUAUGGAUGGUAGAAUAGGAUGAAUAACCUUUUUCAUUGCUGUCAAUAAAAACAAAAAGUUUUUUUACACUGAGUUAGCCUGUUCGAAGUUUUUUGUAAUUUUGCAUUGAAUUUUGGUCAUAUUUAUCGGCAUUAUGGGCAAGAUGUCGAAAGAUAAGCGGGAUAUAUACUAUCGUAAAGCCAAAGAACAGGGCUGGAGAGCACGAAGCGCUUUCAAACUGAUUCAGAUCGACGAGAAAUUUAAUAUUUUUGAAGGUGUUAGCAAAGCAGUUGAUUUAUGUGCUGCGCCUGGAAGUUGGUCUCAAGUUUUAUCGAGAAAAUUAUAUUUGGGGGAUACCAUUACUAUAAAAGAUGAAACUCGCUUAUUUUACACAGAUACUUUGCUGGAUUCACAAACACCAAAGAAAGAAAGUGCAUCAACCAGUGGUAAAGAAAAUUCAGUUCAGAAAAAUAAUGUUAAAAUUAUUGCCGUAGAUUUGCAACCCAUGUCACCAUUGCCAGGUGUAGUUCAAAUUCAAGGAGAUAUAACUAAAUAUUCUACUGCUUUAGAAAUAAUUAGCCACUUUGAAGGUGACCAUGCAGACUUAGUAGUUUGUGAUGGUGCUCCUGAUGUCACUGGACUUCAUUGUAUGGAUAUAUACAUUCAAGCCCAGUUACUGUUAGGUGCACUUCAUAUUGCCUGCAAUGUUUUAAAAUCUGGAGGAACAUUUAUUGCAAAGAUAUUUCGAGGGAAGGAUAAUGAUUUGCUAACUAACCAGUUAUUGACAUUAUUUAAAGAAGUGCAUGUAGCAAAGCCUAGAAGUUCAAGAAAUUCAAGUAUUGAAGCUUUUGUUGUCUGUCAAAAUUACUGUCCUCCAGAACAAUUUGAUGCCAAACUUAUAACACCUUAUUUAGAUGUAUCAAACAAAGAUUUUAGUUCCCUCACAGGCGUUAAUCGAGUACUCAUUCCAUUUAUUGUUUGUGGAGAUGUAAGUGCAUUUGAUUCAGAUACUUCAUAUCCAUUACAAUUGCAAGGGGAGGCACCAUAUCAAUAUAGACCUCCAGUUCAGCCACCAAUUGCUCCUCCAUAUGCUUUUAAACCAACAGAAAUAGAUGAUUUUUUGAAGAAAAUUGAUGAAGCGGCAAAACGUGUAGGAAUUGGUCUAGAAGCAGAUUUGGAAGAUUUGGAUUUAAAUAUAAAAGCACUCAAUCUCAUGGAUGAUAGUUCAAAUUCAAAAAAUUCCAUUGAAUUGCCAGAAGAGUUUUGUAAAGAUGACAAAGAGACCAAGGAAUUAUUUGAGAAUGGUCCAUAUUUUAAUCUAAUUUCAAAGGUGGAUGCUCUUAAGGGUGAGGAAUGUGGAGAUAUUCUUGAUACAGACCUAAGAAAUGCCACAGAACUUCAGUUUUUAUAUGAAGAUGAACAUACUGAUCCACAAAUCAUUGCGCAAUUGUUACAACACAUGCAGUUAAGCAAUAUGAAUCCUACAUGUACUUGCUCAGAAUAAGUUUCAAAUAUUAUAAAUGUUGGUUGUAUAAAAAUGUAUGUUUAAGAAUUUUCUUUGUAACUAAACUAUUCUCCUAAAUAUAGAACAAAAGUAAAAUCCUUUUUUAAUUGCUUUUCCAUUUGUUAUAAAAUAUAUUGUGUAUAGAUUCUAUUAAAAAAUUUACACACAUAUAUAAUAGUUCUCAAACAAGGGAAAAAGUUAAGUCAAGGGCUUAAAAAGU